UCCAACUCCACAACUACAGUCUUUCAUUAGCAACCAUGAAGAGCUUCAUGGAACCCCGACUGUGGGUUCUGGUGGCUCUCGUCACCACCUUAGCUGCCACGGCAAAUGCCGACUCCACGUGGAAACCCGACUUGCCACUGCCACAUCUUCCGUAUCUUUACAGCUCACCGCCGCCGCCACCAUACAAAUAUGAGUCGCCACCACCUCCACCAUACAAGUACGAGUCUCCACCACCUCCACCAUACAAGUACGAGUCUCCAACACCGCCACCAUACAAAUAUGAAUCUCCACCGCCACCACCUUAUAAGUAUGAAUCACCUCCACCACCACCAUACAAAUAUAAGUCACCACCACCUCCUCCCUAUGUGUACAAGUCUCCUCCGCCACCGCCAUACUUGUACGAAUCCCCUCCACCACCUCCUUACAAGUAUGAGUCUCCACCACCACCACCAUACAAGUACAAGUCACCUCCUCCACCGCCAUACAAAUAUGAAUCUCCACCCCCACCACCUUAUAAGUAUGAAUCACCUCCACCACCACCCUACAAAUACAAAUCUCCACCGCCGCCGCCUUACAACUAUGAAUCGCCUCCACCUCCGCCGUACAAAUAUGAGUCUCCACCACCACCACCCUACAAGUAUAAGUCACCUCCACCACCACCAUACAAAUAUGAAUCUCCACCACCACCACCGUACAAGUAUGAGUCACCACCUCCUCCUCCUUAUGUGUACAAAUCUCCUCCACCACCGCCUUACAAGUAUGAAUCACCUCCGCCACCACCCUACAAAUACAAGUCUCCACCACCACCUCCUUACAAGUACGAGUCACCUCCACCACCGCCAUACAAAUACGAAUCUCCACCACCACCACCACCUUACAAGUACGAGUCACCUCCACCCCCACCAUACAAAUAUGAAUCUCCACCACCACCUCCAUAUGUUUACAAGUCUCCACCACCACCGGCCUACAAGUACGAGUCUCCUCCACCACCACCAUACAAAUACGAAUCUCCACCACCACCUCCAUAUGUUUACAAGUCUCCAUCACCACCGCCCUACAAGUAUGAAUCGCCUCCACCACCACCCUACAAGUACGAGUCUCCACCACCACCACCCUACAAGUACGAGUCGCCUCCACCACCACCAUACAAAUACGAAUCUCCACCACCACCUCCAUAUGUUUACAAGUCUCCACCACCACCACCCUCCAAGUAUGAAUCACCUCCUCCUCCACCCUAUAAGUACAAGUCUCCACCACCACCACCAUACAAGUACGAGUCUCCUCCACUACCACCAUACAAAUACGAAUCUCCACCACCACCUCCAUAUGUUUACAAGUCUCCACCACCACCCCCUUACAACUAUGAAUCACCUCCACCACCGCCAUACAAAUAUGAGUCACCACCGCCUCCUCCUUAUGUGUACAUGUCUCCCCCACCACCACCUUACAAAUAUGAGUCACCACCGCCUCCUCCUUAUGUGUACAAGUCUCCCCCACCACCGCCUUACAAAUAUGAAUCACCGCCACCACCACCCUACAAAUACGAGUCACCACCACCACCACCGUACCUCUACAAGUCUCCACCACCACCACCUUACAAGUAUGAGUCACCACCUCCUCCUCCUCCAUAUCUAUACAAAUCCCCACCACCACCGCCUUACAAAUAUGAAUCACCGCCACCGCCACCCUACAAAUACGAGUCACCACCACCACCACCGUACGUCUACAAGUCUCCACCACCACCACCUUACAAGUAUGAGUCACCACCUCCUCCUCCAUAUCUAUACAAAUCCCCACCACCACCGCCUUACAAAUACGAAUCACCUCCACCACCACCUUACAAGUAUGAGUCACCUCCACCACCACCCUACAAAUACAAGUCACCUCCACCUCCUCCUUAUGUUUACAAAUCUCCACCACCACCACCAUACAGAUAUGAGUCUCCACCACCUCUUCCUUACAAAUAUAAAUCUUCACCAACACCACCUCAGAAGGAUGACUGUCCACCACCAUCAUACCAGUACAAAUCUCCACCACCUCCACCAAUAUACUAAUCACCCCACUCCCCAUCUCCCCAUCCAUCAUGAUCCAGUUUGUUAUUAUAUUCCUUCAGCUCCUUCAGAUUAUUUAUUUACCAAAACCACCAUCAUUAUCACAUUCAAACAAACCGUGAUUCUCUUUCUGGUUGCUUCAUUAAUAUUGCGUAAAUAAAGGUUUCACUUCUCUUCUAGUAUCCAUAAUGCUCAGCGUCCUAUCAAGGAGUUGCGGACAAAAAAGAGUGGAUGAUCGAUGCUUGCAAUCUUUUUCUUUGAUCGUAAUUGUAACUUAUGUUUGUUCAUGUACUUUAUAUAUUUAAUGGAUUUUUUUUAUAUCAA